AUUUCUCGCGAGACGUUCCGCUCCCCAAGGAAGGAUAUUUUGCUUGCGCAAAUCCUCUCGGGGGCGUGGUACGAGAAUUCGAACAGCGGAGCAUCUCACUCGCGCGUAUCGGUGUUUGGCCAUUGUGACAAGCAGUAUCGUCCAGUUGAGUCAUCCAGCAAAAAGAGAGAGUCCGCUUUCACUUAUCGUGCCGGUUAUAAAGAGCGCUUACUUUAACGGAGGUUGUAUUGCACUUGGUCGCGUCAGUCGCCGCUCUGUGAUCUCACCAUGUCUUACAGCAACUACCGAGCUCUCUGCCAGUGGGUUCCCACGAAUGGGUGCAACAUCCCUCCCCAGGCCGUUCACGGCGGAGAGGACUCCAGCGGGGAAACUCUCUACAUCGGCCGUGCCCGUCAUUCCGGCGAUAUCGUGCCGGGAAAAGUUGUUCCCUCCCACAGUUGCUGCUAUGUUGCGUGGGGCGGCCAGGAGAACAGUCAUCGGGAUUACGAGAUCCUCGUCACUCACUCCGAAUCGGAAUUCGCGUGGGAGCACGCCAGCCAGGGACGUCUCCCUGCCGGUGCUCUCCAGGGAGGCGUGACCACCGACGGUGAGCCCUUGUACAUCGGUCGUGUACACCACGAGGGAUCAUUGACUAUCGGCAAGGUCCAGCCGAGCCACGGUGUCUGUUACAUCCCCUAUGGCGGCCAAGAGGUCCCCCACACGGACUAUGAGGUCCUCGUAUGCAAAGUCAUCAGACUUUCGUUCUAGAGACUUCCUCAAGCUCGAAACUCCAUCGGAUCUUGGGCUGACGCAUUCAUAGAACUCACUAGGCUCAAGUUCUCGACGAGUCAAGAGAUUUUGUAAUAAAUUGUGAGUGGGUGCCGACUUCAAGGUCAUGUGGCUUUCCUCUCGAUCAAG